AUGGCUCCUUCACGUCUAUCCCGUCUCCCACCGUGGAUAAGCCACUGGCUUGGCUAUCGCUCAGAACCCGUGAAGCCCCUACCUGCAUACCAAAUCGCCAUCUGGUCCUUCAUCACCUCCUUCUGCGGUCUAUCAAUCCUACAAGCCAUCUUCGUCUACUCCGAAUACUUCACCUCGCGCCAUGUGCCAGGUAUCGUUGCCUCCUAUGUAAGUAGACAGCAGCCGCGAAACCCUCCCCCGAACAUCCCUUGCCCCAAAUACAAACUCCAAGCUAACCACAACCCCCAGGGUGCAUCCGCAGUGCUUGUCUUCGGCGCAAUAGAAGCCCCCCUCGCGCAACCCCGUGCCCUAGUCUUCGGCCAUUUCUUCAGCGCCCUAACAGGUCUCUGCAUCACAAAACUCUUCAGCCUAAUGCCCGACCAAGCCCGCUUCGAGUCCCUCCGCUGGCUCGCCGCCUCGCUCUCAACAGCUAUCGCUAUAGUCGUCAUGCAGCUGACCGAGACCACGCAUCCGCCUGCCGGAGCGACAGCCCUGCUCCCCGCGACCAGCCCGGAGAUCUGGCGACUUUCGUGGUAUUUCUUGCCUGUUGUGUUGCUUUCGUCGGCCAUGCUUCUGGUUUGUGCGCUGCUGUUCAAUAAUAUCCAUCGGAGGUAUCCGGUCUUUUGGUUUGCGCCUGCGCCGGCCAAGGGCGUGGUGCCUCCAGUUGCGGUGCCGACUCGUCAGGCGGCUGAUGGGGAGACUGGUAAAAGUUCUGUUUGA